GAUAGGACUUAUGUUUUAAUACUAAUUAAAAGUGGUUUUAAUGAAACCCAAAGAGGAGGCGAUGAAUCAUUCAGAUGGCGGUGAUGUCGAUGAUCUCAGUGACGACCCCUCAUCUCCAGAAAGUGCAUCUUUCGAUGACGGAGACCUCUUGGGUGACGUACACGACGAUAUCACAGCACAAUUGGCUGCUGCCGGUCCAAUUGGUGUGGCGGCCGCCGCUGCCAUCGCGUCCGCGAAGAAGCGGAAGAGACCUCAUUCUUUCGAAACUAACCCAUCCAUUCGGAAACGACAACAAACUCGACUUCUCAGGAAGUUGAAGGCGACGAUUGAUGAAUACACAACACGUGUGGGACAACAGGCCGUUGUCCUAAUAGUCACUCCUGGAAAACCUCAGAAUAACUUCAAAGUGUUUGGCGCCCGUCCUCUGGAGAAUGUGGUGCGACACUGCCGGUCACUGAUAAUGCAAGAGUUGGAGAGCGCAUUAGCACAACAGGCGCCGCCUCAGGUCAAAGAAGACCCAUCUCUGCAUGAAUUGCCGCCUCUAGUCGUGGAUGGGAUCCCCACUCCGGUGGAGAAGAUGACUCAGGCACAGCUCAGGGCUUUCAUUCCUCUCAUGUUGAAGUACUCGACGGGCAGAGGAAAGCCCGGUUGGGGCAAAGAGUCCACUCGCCCUCCCUGGUGGCCAAAGGACCUGCCCUGGGCUAACGUCCGCAGUGACGCCCGCACCGAAGAGGACAAACAAAAAGUCUCGUGGACUCACGCGUUGAGACAAAUUGUAAUUAAUUGUUACAAAUUUCAUGGAAGAGAAGACCUGUUGCCGGCGUUCAGUGAUGACGACGACAAGACCAAUCAGACCAAAGAGAAGGUGAAAAGUCGAAGCAGCCAUAGCAGCAUCCAUGUAACCAAUGUUACCAACGCUAGCGGUGUGGCCACUGUUUCCACAUUAACCGCUGAGUCUGCCCUCCAACAGGGGGUCAACGUAUGUCUGAUAAUCAGUUUGCCUCUGAAGACUAGUCGGUCUUUAGCGAUUUACGCGCAGCCCAUGCACUACGCGCCCACAAUGUUACAGACCAUCAGUAAUCCGGACGGAACUGUAUCUAUCAUUCAUAUGGACCCGAAUAGCGCUGUCGUCACGUUACCCGACGGAACUCAAGCACAAGUUAGAGCCGUUAGUGCACUGAGGAUUCAAAACACGGGCAAUGAGGCGAAUCAAGCGGUACAGACGUUAGCAGAGAUGGGUCAGGAACACGACAGAGUCACUCAAAUCGGAACCGUUAACGUAGAUCUCAGUGGCGACGGCUCCACACAAACGGUCUCAUUAGCCGAGGCAACCAUCAGUCCCGACGGACAGAUCAUAUUGACCGGAGAAGACGGAACUCAAAGCACAUUUCCAGUCUCAGGAAUGGUUACAAUUCCGGUGUCGAUGUAUCAGACAGUAGUGACAAACAUCCAGAAUCUGACGGAAGCGGGACUGCCGUUGACGAUGAGUGCUAUAACGGGUUCGGCACAGUUGCAGGAAGUGGGCGAAGACGAGUUGAACGACGCCAGCACUACAGUCAAUAUGGUUGAGGACGUGAAGACUGUUCUGAACGGAACGCAGACCUCAGUUGGGGUGACCGAAGAGGAGAGUUAAUGAUUUGCAUGAAAUGACUGCCCAUUACCGGCAUUAUCUCAAUGUACAGAUGAGUCGCGAGAUUUAGUCUCAAAGUGGUGUCAUAUUUAGUUCAUUAUCGCAAUCAAUGUUCUCUUAAUUAUUAGGAUUAGAAGUUUAUCCCAAACCAACGCUUGUUAUAAUGAUAGUGAAGUCGUCUCCAAACUAGUGUUAAAUACCUAUUUUAGUUUACUUUUGAUUAUUUUUUGAUUAAAUUUAAUUAAGUGUUGUUAAGGUUUAUGACUUUGUACUCCAAUGUACUUAAAAACUGCGAUUAAAUCUGAAAUACAAAUCCGAUUCAAACACAGAACGCACUAAAGAUAUAAUCAUUGAUUCAUUUUUUUAAGUUAAAAAUCAUAACCUAAUGUACUGUAUAUUUGAAGUGAU